UCCUGCACUGAGCUCCAGCAAACACACACACACACACACACACACACAGAGCCCUGCAUUUCAAAACCUAAUGGCGCCAACCUUGGACACUGGCUUGAUUUAAAACGCGUAUUUUAUGCCGUAUGGAUACCACUGUAGAUUAUUUUUGCUCCAGAAAUGAAUCGGUUACAGUGAAUCAGUUAGGACAGAGCAAAAGGCAUCAGCUUCUAAAAGUUGUUUGAACUUGCAGGAGCAGAGAGGAGCGCACUCGAGACUUUCCCCACAGAGGUCUGAGCGCAUGGAGCGCGCUUUCAUCAAGGGAAUGGAUUCACAGCUUUGGCUUUUACGCUUCGGGUGAAUCGGUGUCUCUUUUUUUUCUUUCUUUUUUUUUUAUUUUUAUGAACCCCACCUCCGCUUUCACUGCCGCUGGAUUUCUGUGUUUUCGCUCUGAGAAGCCGUUCAAAUGCUGGAAUGGAUCGGCGUUGUUUGUGUCCUCCUCUUGGUGGCCACGUUCUGGCCAGUGCUCAAACAUUUCGGAGCGUUUUUAACGGGGCCUGAAAUCGCACGAGGAGAGAAGAGCGCAUCGGAGUGUGCAACUAAGACAGAGCCUGUUAAAGUGCACGAGCCGGCAGGUGAAUCAUCAGCCCCUGUCGCGUUCAUCUGCAAGCCCUCGGCACUCGCCAAAUACCUGCUCAAACACUGCGCGAGCUUCUGUAAAUACGUGCCGAACCCGGCGUGGCACUGGCGGGCGAGUCCGUGCUUGCAGACGCUUUUUGGCGCUCUCUGGCCGCACGACUGCGCCGUGCAUUUCAUCCGAGAUUAUUUACAGCUGAGUGACGACGGCCUGGUAGCUCUAGACUGGGCUGUUGUUGGUCCUAAGAGGAGGAGGACUUCAAGUAAUUCAUCUAGCCCCAUCCUUCUGAUCAUUCCCAACUCUUUCGGAAAGCUCACCAGGAACGUCUUGAAGCUCUGUGAGGCUGCUCUGAGUCAUGGCUACCUCCCUGUGGUGUUUAACCGGCGCAGUCAAAAUGGUACGCCACUCAGCACAAUCAAACUACAAGAGUUUGGGGAUCCAGCCGAUCUGCGAGAGGCAGUACGGUACAUUCGCUACCGCCAGCCUGCGGGCCGUCUCUACGCAGUGAGUGAGAGCACUGGCUCUGGUCUUCUUCUGUCCUACCUGGGAGAGUGCGGCUCCUCCAGCUAUGUGACUGCUGCUGCCUGCCUGUCGCCCAUCUUCCGCUGUCAGAGCUGGUUUGAGAGUGGUCCUGCCUGGCCCUUCCAUUGGGUUCUCCUGCUCUAUCAGAAGGUCUGCCUUAGCAGGUACAGAACAGUGCUGGGGGAGCUGGUCCAUACUGACAGCCUGUUCUCCAGCCGCUCACUCAGGGCCAUGGAAGAGGCACUGUUCUGUCAGUCUGGUCUGAAGGAGGCACCAGUUGAAGGAGCCUGGGAGGCGUACUGGGAACGCAAUGAUGCACUGAGGGACGUGGACGAGGUGGCAAUCCCGGUACUGUGCGUUUGCAGCCGUGACGAUCCGAUUCGUGGUGAAACUCAGGCCACGCUACCCCUAGAGUUGUUUGAGAGCAACCCUCACUUCUUCCUGCUGUUGACGGAAAGUGGAGGCCACUGUGGCUUCUGCACAGCCAGUGAAGAACCUAUGCUCUGGAGCCACCAAGCCCUUCUUGAGUUCUUCAGGGCUACCAGCGACUUCUUUGCUGCUGAAGAGCGGGCCAAGUUGACCGCCAGAUGUCGUGGUGUGAACGUGGGUGCCAAGGUUUUCCGCCAUCGCAGUGUGAGCACUUACAAAAAGUUGCCAGUCUGCUCACACAACAUCCACACCAUCUACAACUGGCAGAGGUCUUACACCAGAUGAUGAUUACUGCCAUACAGCUUGGAGGAGGUUGUUGUUGUUGUUGUUGUUGUUGUUUUUUAAUAGAAAUAAACAUAUCAGAACAUACCAGGCAUAUGUCAGAAUGUUGGUUUGUGGUGGAGAUUUGCAUAUAUCUGCAUACAUAAGACUGUAUACGUGAAUGAGUCGAGCACUUUACUGUAAGAUAAAGAAGUAGUCAUGUAACAGGGCUUUAUGUUCCACGAUUUACAUGGUGCUUCCCGUAUCUCAUUCCCUCAUCUAUUCCUUAUGUUCAUCUGGAUGGCGGUUGUCUGUUUCACUGCCAUUACAACAUCCUGCAUGUAAAUUGAUAAACACAGAAUUUUCCAUGAGGUAAUGCUCUCAGUAUGUGCAGCUUCUGGUAGGUGGAGUAAUGAGCUGUAACGUUAUCACGAGGCUAUUACGUUUGUGCUAUAAUUCUGAGACUGCUGGGAUAUUUAUGAUUGCCUUGUUGUAUGAUAUAUUAUGUUGUGUGUAAGUAGUUGUCGGAAACUACUGGGGUUUUUUUGGCCACACUAAGGUUGCAGGGUUCUAGCAUUCUUUUUUGCGAUGGGUCAAACUAGCUUGUGGUUUUUCACUGAAAACACUGGUGUGCCAGCCUUUUUAAAAAUUUUCACAAUAUGUAACAUGGUGUUACUGUCACAUCUGUUUUUAUUUGUUAAAUUAUCUACAUGCUUGAUGAAAGAGUUUAAUUAAAAGAAUUGAUCUGAAAUCAUA